AUGAAAAAAUUUAAAUUAUUAUUUAAAAUAUUAAUUUUAUUAAAAAUAUUAAUUAUUAAUUCAACACAAAAUAUAAAUUCUAAUGAAAACGAAGUGUUGGCAACUAUACUUUAUGGGAGCGAUAAUAUUACUUUAAAUAAUACUCAAAAAAUAAACAAAAUUCAACCUUGGGACGGAAAUAAAUUUUUUGAAAGAAAAAAUAAUUUGGGUCUUCUAAUAACAUUGUUAGCAAUUGUUUUGGGCAUUGGAAUAUGUUCGUUAUGCGCAACAUGUUUAGUCAAACAUUAUAUUACAACAAACGAUAUUAAAAACUUGAAGAAAAAGAGAGUUGCGAGUGUUCGAUAUAUUCACAAACAAAGCAUUACUAUUUAA